UCAAUCGCGACCGCAGCCUACCCUAGGCCCAUAAAUUAUGGGCCAGAAAACGCCAAUCAAAUUGGGCCCACCCUCAGCAAGCAUACGGUUGAGUUUGAUUUGAGCCCUCCCCCUCUAUCCUCUCUAUAUAAACUUGUACUUGUCAUCUCUCAUUUCUUGCUUCUCCAACAAAAAAAGAACAAGCUCAUCCAGCGCAACCAACCCACUGCCGCCUUGAAGAAGACAACGGCAGCCGGCCACCACCACUGCCUGAUUCCGGCGACAGCUGAAAACAGUUUCUGUUGCGCUACCAAAUUGAUCAUGGCGUCGUCGGAUCCUAACCCAGACAAGAAACAAUUAAGUGCAGGUGAUGGAAAAUUUGCGGCGAACGAUGAGCAAAACGUGCUGCAGAAGCAUGUCAUGUUCUUCGACAGGAACCACGAUGGAAUCAUAUAUCCUUGGGAGACCUUCCAAGGAUUUCGGGCCAUUGGGUGUGGUUUCUUACUAUCGGCAGCAGCCGCCAUUUUCAUCAACCUUGGUCUUAGCAGCAAGACUCGCCCGGGGAGAUUUCCAUCUCUGUUGCUCCCUAUUGAGAUUAGGAACAUCCAAAGAGGUAAACAUGGGAGCGACUCUGGUGCCUACGACUCCCAAGGAAGGUUCGUGCCUGCAAAGUUCGAAGAAAUAUUCUCGAAGCAUGCACGAUCACAUCCAGAUGCCUUGACAUCGGACGAACUUGGGGAGAUGCUGAAGCAGAACCGAGAACCUAAAAACUAUGCUGGAUGGUUGGGUAGUUAUUCGGAAUGGAAGAUACUGUUCCUUCUGGGCAAGGACGAGAACGGGUUGCUGCAGAAAGACACAGUGAGAUCUGUCUACGAUGGAAGCCUCUUUGAACGUAUGGAGAAAGAGAGGCAAUCAUCAUCCAAAAACAAGCCCUAACAAUAACUUCACUAACUCUCUUCCCACUCCACAUGUGUAUCAUAAUUGUUCAAUGUUUAUGUAAUACGUUUCUGUCUGUAAGGUGGUGGAACUGGUCGCUGGUGGUGUUAAUAAAAUCGAUUGUGG